AUGGUGGUUGUGUUGUUGAAGAAUCAAUGGGCACAUCCAACAAUCACCACAACCAACCAUCACAAGCAUAACAAACUCACACAAAGCAAUAUCACCGCAAAUAAGAUCAUCAACAACAACCUACCAGUUCCCAAUCCUACCUCAGCCCUGUUCCGUCGCCCCCACAAUCUCCGUGUCCGUGUCCGUGUCCGAAAUCCUUCGACAAUGUCUUCUCCCACUAUAUCUUCAACAGGACCUACUCCGUCCGAAGACCGAAUGGAUGAAAAGACCCCAGACCAUCAAACUUCUCUUACGUCUUCACCAAACACGAAACAUGAGAACAAGGGUCUUUACAAGCUCGACAGCUGGCUGAGAGCCUAUGUCAUUAUUUUAUGUGUCUACUUUGCCGGCGCUGUAUUCUGUCUUGCUUGGUCUUAUACUGGCGCCGUGCUGGACACCGACGCUUCUAAACGGCGUGUCUUUCGUACAAGUCCUUCUCUUCCAGUCGACCAGUUUUACUCUGGUAUAGCUCUAUCCGCACUACUCGGGCCUGCAACAGUCCUUGUCCAAUUCGUUGUGUGGGACUUCCGAAGGUUGCAUCUGUUUGCUCUUACAACACAACAACCCGUGGCGGUCAAAGAUCUAGAUGACAUUGCAGAAAGUCUAACGCUAUGGACUUUGAGAACGGUUGUCAAGUACUCCUGGUGGUACGGCGUUAUGCACGCUGCUUUGAUUCUUACCAGAACAUUACUCAUGCCUGUUGGAGCUCUUAUACUUACCACUGGACCUUACACACACUACAGAGAUGGUUUGGGUGUCGUCGGACUUCCAAUCUCGGCAGCGGAUGCGAUUAGUUCAAACGUUACAUCCCUCUCAACCGCCAUGGGCGGAAACACCGAUUACAAGUUUCAUCCUUCACUCUCAAAGAACGACACAUUCCUUUCUCAGACCGUCUUCACCUUUGUAGGCAGUCUAGUAUCCCAAAACGCCCUCGCAAACGUCGACUCUGGCAUCUUGGGCCCUGUUCCGACACACAAUCUUACUUUUGCUACAAACACGACUUACGAAGGAAUAGUCUUUUUCAACUGGACCGCCAACUGCGAAGCAGCAACUGAAGUAAACUAUACUUCUUACAAAGACGACGGCAACACUGUUUACAACUUUACACUUCCCGACCAAAGCGUAGAGAGUAUCGAGCUCCUUUCGCGAGGAUCGCAGAGAAUUCGGCUCUGGAGUAACGCUACAAAGCACGGCACCGACAAGAUUCCUACUUCUGGUACGACCUACUUCCUUUCCGCGACCAAGUCUAUCCCGAAUAUCAAUGAGACUGCCCUUCGCAACCGAGGCGACGAUAAGAGCUUAGUUCAAACCGACGGCGGUGACUGGAUUUCCCGAACAAAGUGUACUCCUCGUCUUGAAUGGUUAGUCGGGUCUUGUACUUUCAACGGAACCAUCAUGACAUCCUGUUUCGAAAAAGCCGACUCCAACAAAACAGCACUCGAUACACAAGCACUCGACUCUCUAAGCGUCUACAUGUCUGCAAUACCAUGGUACAUCAUCCGCAAUCGAAUCAGUAUCGUCGACGAUACUCUCGACACACUCUACACGAUUCCUACAUCGAAAGACUUCGGUCACUUCUUCGGUAACAUGGCGCACGCUAUUGUUUCUAUUACUACGGCGGGAUACUUUGGCACGUCGGAAGUUGAGACGAUGUCCAAGGUUAUUGAAUCAGUUUACAUAGUGCGAUGUAGUAUCUUGAUCGCUGUGACUGUGAUGCUCUUCCUUACUGUUACGGUAUCUAUCAUCGACAUUAUUCGGAACCGUUUAAAGCGUCUUCCGCAGCUACAUGCUAGUUUCUUGGCCAUCGCUCAUGCUGUGCGCGGUCAGUGGUGGGAUCGUGAACUCGAUGGUUACAAACCAUGGGAAGCUACAAAUCCAGAAGUGCAGGGGAGGCUACGGUGA